AUGAAUUCACCGGAUUUUCGUAUGUCCUGUACCCUGAAAUCAUGCUGCUUGCCCACGUAUGUUUUCUGUGGUGACCAGGGUCCAUGGAAGCUCCAGAAGCCUUUAUAUAACUCACAGCAUCUUGAAUGCAUUCCUUGUCUUCUACCACAACAUAGUCUUUCCAUCCUCUACAAAAAGACUAACUUCAGGCACGGCAAAUCCACUCCUUCCUCGUCUUUUGAAGGCGAUCCAUUACACAGUAUUCGCAUCUACAUUUCUGUUCAGAGGAAUAUCCUCUUACAAGUUUUUCAGAAGCAAUACUCAUACAAUAAAGAUCUCUGUCAUAACUACGCAAGUAAGCCCUGCUUUCCUCUUGGAGCUCACCUAGUUUCACUGUCUAGUUUGCAAGACAGAAAGCUAAUUAGAUUAGCAGAUGAUUUCGAUAGCCAAAUGGCGCCACCACAGGAGAUUCUCAAAGAAGAAGACCUCGAGGAAAUCAAGCGUGGAUUGGCGGAAGACGAUCCACAACUCGACCAAGAUGCGGCUUUAGAUAACUAUGUCGCCAAGUACAAGAUUAAGGGAGUCUUCUUCACCGAUACAAUUGGACGGAGAUGCGUCUUUGGACCAGGUAAGUUCACCUACAGAGGUCUCUAGUAGAAGAUAUUCUUGUAUGCUAACAAAAUUAGAUGUCAUCCACUACAAAUACAAGACUCACCACGGCCACGAUCCUGAACUCAAGUACAAGGAGUUCGUCGAGCGCGUUGUACAAAAGGACGCCACUCAAUACACCACCUUUUUAAACCAAUUCCCUUGAGCCAUGUCGAUCAACCGAGCCCAGAAGGAUUCCGUUUGAUUACUGGGCACCGCAGUGAGUUUAUUGGAAAAGGAUGGGCAGUGCCGCGAAAUCACAAGUGCCAUAUUUUGAACUGGCCACCAGGUAGACACAACAUUCAAUCUUCUCGAGAUCGGCGGCUAACCUGUACUUAGAACUUCGCCUUAGAGUUCUCCAAUUCGUCCUAGUAUCUCCUCCAUUGACAGUUGUUAAGCCCUGAAUUAUUGGAGGUACCGCAAAGAAUCGAGACCAGCCAACAGGAACAACAUCAUACAGAAUCUAUGCUGAGAAGGGUCAUACGCUUCAAAACGAAAUCCCGGAGUACGCCAAUGUCCGAAGACAUGAUGAGAAAGGUACCUACUUCGAAAAGCGGCUUAUCAAGCGUUUUACCAUCGAUGCUACAUGUCUUCGGACUUGUAAGAAGCUUUAUGAAGAAGGCUCGGGUAUCUUGUAUGGUGGAAAUAUUUUCCGUUUUGAGAUGGCCAACUCCUUGUUCACUUAUUCGUCUAGACCAGUGGUGGGUUCGUCUGGGGUUAUAUUUCAUACAAGUGCCACUAAGCCUGGACCGGAAAGUAUCCGCGGCGUUGUAAAGGAUGGCAUGAGUCGUAUUCCACACAACCAUCCUUGGCGAAUGCUCCCCGGUUGGCUCUUUUACGAUCCGUUCCUACGUUUCUUGUACACCAUCCGUCCACGAAACGCAGCCUUAAUCAAGCACCUCGAGUUUGAUGGUAUCGUUAAGGGCCAUACGUGCGUCAAUUGUAAAUGUUGUGAUCACGAUUUGAUUCGAAGCAUGCGGAUCUACGUCAACUUCAUGGCUAGAUUCUGCACUGGCCUCAUCAAGCUCAAUAUUCUCGCAUGUUCAGAUUCCCGCCUCAAUGAUGGCUUUAUCGUUAGCGAAGACUUGUCGGUUGCCAACCCGAACAAUCUUCCUAUCGUUCCUCCAUGGCGUCCAACGAAUAUCAAAGAUGGACUGACAAAGUUGUUCGAGCAAUCGAUCUCAAGAAUCACGACUCUCCAGAAGAUUAAUAUUCGCACGACUGAAAUACACUACCCAUACAUUGGAGAUUUGGAGUAUUAUCCAGCGGACUUUGGAGAGGAUUUGAUAUCGAGAACCUUAGCUCAGAUACAGGAACGCCGAGAAAAACAGGAAGAUCGUGGUAUGAGACGAUAUCCAAAGAAGAAGCAGUGUGGAUUCUGUGGGGAGAACCAUAGUUCGCGCAACUGCUAUAAUCUUUGUGCUCUUUGCGGAGAAUACGGCCACUUCAAGAGUUCCUGCACUAAUUGGGAUUAUAUCUCGAAAGGCUUCUACAGCUAA